AUGGGGAAAAGCUGCAGAGUCAGCAAGCUGUGCAUUCUGUUUGUGGUCUUAGCCCUGGUCUCCGUGGCAACCAUUGUCACCUUGUGGACUAUUGCCCUGACGGGAGGAGAUGAUGGUGUUAAUGUCACAGCACCUUGGGACAGCUAUCGUCUCCCCACUGCUUUGGUCCCUGACUACUACAACAUCACCCUGUGGCCUCGUCUCACCUGUGACCCAAACACUGGCCUAUACAUUUUUACAGGCCAAUCCACGGUGGAGUUUGAGUGUUUAAAAGAAACAAAUCUCAUCCUGAUCCACUCCAACGCACUCAACUACACCAAACUCGACAACUCACACAUUGCUAGGCUCAAUGCUUCAGGUGGUGGGUCUGCUCCCAGAAUUCAGUCCUCCUGGCUGCAGCCUAAGACCCAGUAUCUGGUUAUCGAGCUGAAUAGUAAAUUAACUCAAAAACAGAAGUAUCAGCUGUACACAGAGUUCACUGGAGAACUAGCUGAUGACUUGGCAGGUUUUUACAGGAGUGAAUAUGAAGAAGAUGGAGUUCUAAAGAUUGUUGCCACCUCUCAGAUGCAUCCGACUCAUGCCAGAAAGACCUUCCCUUGUUUCGAUGAGCCAGCCAUGAAAGCUAUUUUCUAUGUAACUCUCAUCCACCCCCCUGGAACUGUAGCCCUGUCCAAUGGCAUGGAAAUAGAUGUUGUUAACACUACUAUUGAUGGAGUAGCUUUGACACAGACCAAAUUUGAGCCCACCAAGACAAUGUCCACCUAUCUACUGGCCAUUGUCAUCUCUGACUACACACACCUCAGUGCUACACAAGGAGACACUCUGAUCCGUAUCUGGGCUCGCAGGAAAGCCAUUGAGCAGGGACAGGGAGACUAUGCCCUCAAUGUGACUGGACCUAUACUGGACUUCCUCCAGUUGUACUAUAACAUCUCUUACCCUCUGAGCAAGUCAGAUCAAAUCGCUCUGCCAGACUUCCAUUUUGGUGCAAUGGAGAACUGGGGUUUGGUGACAUACAGAGAAACCAACCUUCUCUAUGACACUGUGAUCUCCUCUAACAGAAAUAAAGAGACUACUGCCACCAUCAUUGCUCAUGAACUAGCACACAUGUGGUUUGGUAACCUGGUGACUCUGCGCUGGUGGAAUGAGGUCUGGCUGAACGAGGGCUUUGCUUCAUAUGUGUCUUACCUGGGAGCAGACCAUGCUGAGCCCUCAUGGAACGUGAAAGACUUGAUAAUCCUCGAUGACGUCCACAGGGUAUUUGCAGUGGAUGCAUUAACCUCCUCUCAUCCUCUGUCUUCUAAAGAAGAUAGUAUUAUCCUGCCAGGCCAGAUUAGUGAGCAGUUUGAUACCAUAUCAUACAGCAAGGGUGCAGCUGUGUUGAGGAUGGUGUCCGAUUUCCUCUCAGAGCCAGUGUUUGUCCAAGGACUGAGUACAUACCUCAAACACUUUGCCUACAGUAACACAGUAGGGAAGGACUUGUGGCACCAUCUACAAAUGGCGGCGCAAGCCAAUACAAUUUCACUUCCUUGUCCAGUUUGUGAAAUCAUGAACCGCUGGGUGCUCCAGAUGGGCUUCCCUGUGGUUACCAUAGAUACUACCACAGGAAAUGUAUGCCAGAAGCACUUUCUGCUGGAUCCAGAGUCUAAUGUCACAGUUGAAUCUCCUUACAACUAUGAGUGGCUGAUUCCUGUUAGGUGGAUGAAGAGCGGUAAGGUCCAGAGAGAUAUCUGGUGGCUGAUGGAAAAAGAAGCGGUAAACUUAGAGAUGAGAACAGGUGGUUUGUGGGUUCUGGCCAACAUCAAUGUAACUGGAUAUUACCGGGUAAACUAUGACCUUGGAAACUGGGAAAGCCUCUUCGCUCAGCUUAAUUCAAAGCACCAGGUUAUACCAGUGAUUAACAGAGCCCAGCUUGUUGAUGAUGCUUUCAAUUUGGCCAGGGCUCAGAUGGUCUCAAAUACUCUCGCUCUGAACACAACACUUUACCUGUCUGUGGAGACAGAAUACAUGCCUUGGCAGUCUGCUCUGGAUAAACUGGGCUAUUACUACCUCAUGCUGGAUCGUACGGAAGUCUAUCAGCCUAUGCAGGACUACAUGAAGAAGCUGGUGACUCCCCUCUUCCUGCACUUCAAAGAAAUGACAUCAAACUGGACAUAUGUUCCUGACAGACACACUGACCAGUAUAACCAGGUGAAUGCCAUCCGUAUGGCCUGUAGCACUGGAGUAACAGAAUGCCGGAACCUGACCACCACAUUGUUCAAACAAUGGAUGGAGACCCCUCAGCACAAUUUGAUCGAGCCUAACCUGCGAUCAGCAGUGUACUGCAGUGCCAUGGAAGCAGGUGAUGAGGCAGAGUGGGAGUUUGGCUGGUCACAGUUCAAGAAUGCUACCAUUGCCAGUGAGGCCAGCAAACUCAUGUCUGCACUGGCCUGUACCACCAAGACACAACAGCUGGAAAGGUAUCUUUCUUAUACCUUAAACUCAGCUUUGAUCCGUAAGCAGGAUGCUACCUCCGUCAUCACAGCCAUCGCCAGCAACAGAGUGGGACAGAGUUUGGCCUGGGAUUUUGUGAGGGAACAGUGGGAAUACAUGUUCACAAAAUAUGGCGUGGGUUCUUUCUCCUUUGCCUCUAUGAUCACUGGGGUCACUGCAAGGUUCUCUACGCCUGCUGAAUUACAACAGCUGGAUACCUUUUUGGAGAAGCACAGUGAAGCAGGGUUUGGAUCUGCCACACUGGCUGUGAAACAGGCCAGGGAGAGGACCGUGGCGAACAUCAAAUGGCUGCAACAGAACAAACAGGAGAUCUUGGACUGGUUCAACAGUCAGAGUGGACACUAG